CAGAAGCGGCUUCUCGCUGCAAUCCGAUUGGCUGCUGAACUUUCGCUCCUGCUUCUUCGCUGUUAAUAUAGAUGUAUCCGUAGUUGCCGGUUUCAAACACAUACGCGCUAUAGAGAUUAUCAGUUUUGUAAACGAGUGCAUCUCUAGCCUUUUAUUCACGUGUCAAAGAAAUGGCCCAGUGCACAGAACCGUCCAGCUCCGGUGUAAACGGAAAGCAGAGGAAUGUGGCCAUCAUCACGGGCAUCACUGGACAGGAUGGCUCCUACCUGGCGGAGUUCCUGCUGGAGAAAGGCUAUGAGGUGCACGGCAUUGUCCGACGCUCCAGUUCCUUCAACACGGGACGCAUCGAGCACCUCUACAAGAAUCCGCAGACUCAUACGGAGGGAAGCUCCAAGGAAGGUGACCAACCCUACAUGAAGCUGCACUAUGGUGACCUGACAGACAGCACAUGCCUCGUGAAGAUCAUCAAUGAGAUCAAGCCCACAGAGAUCUACAACUUGGGAGCCCAAAGCCAUGUCAAGAUCUCGUUCGACCUGGCGGAGUACACAGCUGACGUCGAUGGUUUGGGCACGUUGCGGCUGCUGGAUGCCAUCAAGACAUGCGGCCUGAUAGGGAGCGUGCGAUUCUACCAGGCCUCCACCAGUGAGCUGUACGGCAAGGUGCAGGAGAUCCCACAACGUGAAACCACACCUUUUUACCCCCGCUCACCCUACGGGGCUGCGAAGCUCUAUGCCUACUGGAUCGUGAUCAACUUCAGGGAGGCAUACAAUCUGUUUGCGGUCAACGGCAUCCUCUUCAACCACGAGAGCCCGAGAAGAGGGGCCAAUUUUGUGACUCGGAAGAUUAGCCGCUCGGUGGCCAAGAUUCACCUUGGGCAGCUCGACUGCUUCAGCCUGGGCAACCUGGAUUCCAAGAGGGACUGGGGUCACGCCAAGGACUACGUUGAGGCGAUGUGGCUGAUGCUUCAGCAGGACGAGCCUGAGGACUUUGUCAUCGCCACCGGGGAGGUGCACAGUGUCCGCGAGUUUGUGGAGAAAGCCUUCAAGCAUGUGGGGAAAACCAUUGUGUGGGAGGGAAAAGAUGAGAAGGAGGUGGGUCGUUGCCAGGAGACCGGGAAAAUUCACGUGAGGGUGGAUCAGAAGUACUACCGGCCUACUGAAGUGGACUACCUGCAAGGUGACAGCAGUAAGGCACUGAAGAAGCUGGGCUGGAAGCCGCGAGUGGCAUUUGAGGAACUGGUGAAGGAGAUGGUGGAUGCAGACAUCCAGUUAAUGAAAACCAACCCAAAUGCCUGACUUUUCACCUCUACUGAAGGAUGUCCAGUAGCUACAGUUACCUGAUGAAAUCAUUUUCACCUCUAUAUUUUCAUAGAUCAAUGUGUUUAGAAGCUGUCUCUUUCAAGAGGAUUUGUGGGCUGUAUGGGAUAAAAUUAUGCCUUGUUUUUUUCUUUCAUUCCAUUUUUUCAUAGCUUUUCUAUAACAGCAGCUUGGGUGUGGGACUCCUACAGUGUAUUGUAUAUUAUACAUAGGUAUAUAUUAAUUGUUUACUUUAUAUCGGGGUCAAUCAUAAAUGAAGGUCAUGGGAUCCUUUCUUUUUCAUUUCUUUUCAUUUUUUACUCCACGGAAAUUGUUUAAAUUUAACUUGUGUUCCUGUUACCAAAGUAAGACUUUACGUUUUAUGUUUCACUGGAAGUAUGUGUAUUUUUUUUUUUUUUUUUUUUAAAUUUCUUGCACAUGGAAUAUUUUGAUUUGACUUUUUCUACGUUAAAAUGUGGGGUUUUCAAAA